UACAGAAAACUUUACAACGAAUCGAUAAUGACGUAAUUCAUGUGACAAGAGACAAAUGAAAUGGCAAAAAUAUAUUUUUAAAUUUUGGAAAAAAUGGCUGCUUUGAAAACAGAAAUUAAGGAAGAGGAUGAUCAGCACGAGAAUCAAAAUGAAAAGGAAAUCGACAAUAUAGAUGAUUCGGCCGCGGACGCGAAGAAGAACAAAAAGAAAAAGAAGAAAAAAAAGACCGGUAGGGCAGAAAAUGCCGCAAACGGUGAAGAGCCUGUAGAAACGCCGGUACCUGACGAGAACGGUGUUGCCGAGGGAAAUGAAGACGGGGAAAAGAAGAAAAAGAAACGUAAUCGCAAAAAGGGUGGCAAGACCACCCAAACAGACCCCCCUUCUCUACCUAUCGUUGAACUGUUCCCCACUGGAGCGUUUCCUAUAGGGGAAAUCCAAGAAUAUGGUGCUAACAACGAUAAUAGAACCGCAAAAGAUCGUUUUACUUCAGAAGAAAAGAAGGCAAUUGAUAGAAUGCAUAAUGAUAUUUAUAAUGAAGUUCGCUUAGCGGCUGAAGCACAUAGACAAACUCGAAAACAUAUACAGAAAUGGAUCAAACCUGGGAUGACAAUGAUCGAGAUUUGUGAGGAAUUAGAAGGUGUAGCUCGCAAGUUGAUUGGCGAAGAUGGUUUAAAAGCGGGUCUAGCAUUUCCUACUGGGUGCUCCAGAAAUCACUGUGCGGCACAUUACACUCCAAAUGCUGGUGAUAAGACAGUUUUAGAGUAUGAUGAUGUAGUAAAGAUUGAUUUUGGUACACAUAUUAAUGGGAGAAUAAUAGAUUGCGCUUUCACGCAUACUUUCAAUCCUAAAUAUGAUAAACUGGUGGAAGCAGUUAGGGAUGCCACUAAUACUGGCAUAAAAGCUGCAGGUAUCGAUGUACAGUUGUGUGAAAUAGGAGCACAGAUUCAAGAGGUUAUGGAAUCGUAUGAAGUUGAAUUAGAUGGUAAAACUUAUCAAGUCAAAUCUAUUCGCAAUCUUAAUGGACAUUCAAUUUCACCAUACAGAAUACAUGCAGGCAAAACUGUCCCUAUAGUUAAAGGAGGUGAAGCAACUGUCAUGGAAGAAAAUGAAUUUUAUGCCAUCGAAACUUUUGGUUCGACUGGUAAAGGAGUAGUCCAUGAUGACAUGGAAUGUUCUCAUUAUAUGAAGAACUUUGACGUACCUUAUGUACCUUUACGUUUACAGUCAUCCAAAGCCCUGCUCAAUGUAAUCAACAAGAACUUCGGCACUUUGGCGUUCUGCAAACGAUGGUUGGAUAGGGCUGGUGCUACCAAAUACCAGAUGGCGCUCAAGGACCUGUGCGACAAAGGUAUAGUAGAUGAUUACCCUCCUCUGUGCGACAUUAAAGGUUGUUACACUGCCCAAUUUGAGCACACUAUCAUGCUGCGUCCGACUUGUAAGGAGGUGGUGUCUCGCGGGGACGAUUAUUAGUAUGUGAACGAUUUUUUAACCUAUUGAUUUUCACCUGAUUAAUAAAAUAUUGUUGUAUAACCAA